UUUGCUAUUUGAUAAAAUAUUAUUAAGUUGGAAGCACAAUAUUGAAUGUUCUGUUUAUAAUUUGUUUAUUCUCUGGUUCUCUUUUACUAUCUCUCUGCAGUGGGAGUUUUAAAUUGCGAUUGUUGUAUAACUUUUUUUUUUGUGUGCUGCAAAAGUUGGAUUUUCAGUGUGGAUAAACUACUUAAUUUCCUCCUUCGAGAGUGUCUGCAGGAUAUCAAGAGGAAUCAGUUACCAUCACUUUUAGGUGGUGUGGGACCAAUGCAUUCUUUCAUUCAGCUACGGUACAGACAAUUUAAGUAAUACGCGAUUUGUUCUGGCUCUCAAUUGAGCUUUAUCAGAAAGAUGGACAUAUUGUGCGUGGUUUGCAACGAGGUACACAAGAGCUUUGGAACUCGAAUAGCUUUGGCAGCUCUGAAAAUUACAACACGUCUCAUUCAUCUGCUUCAGAUUGACCAUGAAAUAUUCUCAAACGCCAGAGAGAUUCGACUUCUUACCCAUUUCUCUACAUCUGCCCAGAGUUUUAAGUGGAUAAUUCUGUGAAAAUUGCAAACGAAAAUGCUGUUUCUAGCUCAAAGAGGAAGUCGCAUUGGAUUGAGAAAUUUUGCAUCAGUGGCUCAGAAUCAACUCAGAGAUAUUCUGAAGCAGCAGCUGAAGGACAUUGAGAAUGCCGGCACGUACAAAACUGAAAGAGUAAUCACGUCAGCUCAGAAAACUUCAAUUAAUGUAGCCGGAAGUGAUAGUCCAGUUCUUAAUUUCUGCGCCAACAACUAUCUGGGAUUGUCGUACAAUAAGGACAUAAUAUCCUACUCGAAAAAAAUUCUCGAGAAAUACGGUGGAGGUGCAAGUUCUGUACGAUUCAUUUGUGGUACUCAGGACAUCCACAAAGAGCUCGAAAAUAAGAUCAGUCAGUUCCAUCAGCGUGAAGAUACAAUCCUAUAUGCUUCCUGCUUUGAUGCCAAUGCUGGAAUCUUUGAGGUUCUCUUGACACCUGAGGAUGCUGUCUUUUCAGAUGAACUCAAUCAUGCCUCAAUCAUCGACGGAUUGAGACUCUGCAAAGCCAAGAAGGAGCGCUACUUGCACAGAAACAUGGAGGAUUUGGAGAACAAACUCAAGGCAUCAAAUGGAAGAAUCAAAUUAAUCGUUACCGAUGGAGUCUUUUCUAUGGACGGGAAUGUAGCUCCUCUCCCAGAAAUCUUCCAACUAGCCGACAAGUACAACGCCCUUGUAUUUCUUGACGAGUGUCAUGCUACAGGAUUCUUCGGAGCCACAGGAAGAGGCACUGAAGAGUUCUACGAACAAAUGGGCAGAGCAGAUAUCAUCAAUUCCACUCUGGGAAAAGCUCUAGGAGGUGCCUCUGGAGGAUAUACAACCGGCCCAAAGGAAUUAAUUGAUCUGCUGAGACAGAAAUCUCGUCCCUAUUUGUUCUCAAACACCCUCCCACCGCCAGUUGUGGGCACAGCCAUCAAAGUCAUGGAUAUUCUACUGCAAUCCAGUGACUUGUCGCAGAAAAUCAAACGAAAUACCGAACACUUCCGCACAGGAAUGGCCAAGGCAGGCUUUACAGUGGGCGGAAUGGAUCAUCCCAUUUGUCCAGUCAUGCUGGGAGAUGCCAAACUUGCUGGUAUUUUUGCUAAUGAGAUGCUCAAAAAAGGAAUCUAUGUGAUUGGCUUCAGUUAUCCGGUGGUACCCAAAGGAAAGGCCCGUAUUCGUGUUCAAAUAUCAGCUGCUCACUCUGAAAAGGACAUUCAACGAUGCAUUGAUGCUUUUAGGGAUGUUGGUAAGCAAUUGGGAGUGAUUUCCAAAUGAAGAAAGAAAAAACACCCAAAAAUCAUUCGCAUUGAAAAUUCAUCAAUUGAAUUUAUUUAUUAUUUACCUUAAAAGAAUUUAACUUUUAUAUAUUUUAAAAAUAAAAUCUAGUGGCAAAUAAA